AUGCUUGUUAUUGAUCCACCCUACAGGGUGUUCCCGGCUUUGUCCACUCUACAUGAAUGCGUUCUACUUGCGUUACAGGCGGUUUCUGCAAUUCGAGUUUCAUUACAUUCACCUUUUGAAAUUACCAGUCAAUCAAGCAGUAGGCUGUCAAAACGAUCACCCGUUGUGUUGGGUGGUGAUGUUGCUCAAUGCUACACAAUGAGAUUUAAUGUUGAUGGAGUUGAUUUGCAUCUACGGCUCGAUUCAAUGAUUUCUGAUAUAAUCGUACCACUUCCUAGUUCAAGUGACGAUUUAGGUUCGACUCCAGAAAGUACUCCAAGUGGGGAACCUAUUACUAUAAAUUACAGAGGCAAUGAUUAUAAUGCAUUUAGUUCCACAGCCGCUGUGACAAUUUCGGGUACCGAAAUAACUGGAAUUGAUUUACCAGUAUUGGCAGUUCAAAAAAAGUCGCCAGAUCUAUUUGGUAUCAAUCCAAAUUUUGAUGGAGUAUUUGGCUUUGGCCACCCAUCGUUGUCAGAGCAUCAUUCACCAAUCACUGCGAUGGAUGUUUUGUACAAUGGUGGUGUCAUUUCCAAUAACGAGGUUAGUCUUCAACUAUGCUCGCAUGAUAUUUUUCAGCAAAGCUUCGUCAAUAUAGGAAACACGGAUAUAACUCCAAAAUGUGGAACGGAUGGAACAAGUGUCGCGUGGGUACAAUCGCCAACAAACGAUUGUCAUAAUGUCAACAUCAAGAGUAUACUAAUCAAUGGCGAACAAGCGAAUCUGCCUGCUGAAUUUCAAAAAAAGGUGGAAGAUGAUCAUACUUUGUAUUCAUAUAUACAAACAUGUUCUUCAUAUAUGAUUUUUCCUGAAACAGUCGUGACUGCGUUGGUUGGUGCUAUUCUUGAUAGUGGUGCGAUCACUAUCAAAAAUAAUCUGUUUACUAGCAAGCUCAGCAAAAGAGAAAUUAAAAAAAUAUUUUGGAGAAGCUACGCAAUGCCUGAAUCCACUUACAAUAUCGAUUGGAACAAGCUGCCGUCGCUUUCGAUUACAAUGCAUGCUGAAACUCCCGUAACCCUUGAAAACUAUAAUUCCGUUGUAACAAUCAAACUAAGUCCCAAAGACUAUAUACAGAGAGUCAAUUCUGAAAGAUUCCUGUUUGCUGUAGCAGUUGGUUCAAAUGAUCGUGCAGCUCUUGGUAUACCAUUUAUGACCCGACUUACAGUCACAUUUGAUCGAGCACAUAAACGCAUUGGAUUUGGUCCUGGAUGUGAAUGCGAAACUGCAACCAGCGAAUAUCCUACUAUUUCGAAUGGUGAUCGAGUGCUCUGGCCAUUAACACAAUUGCCUGAAGAACCAAGUACUUCAGGUUCAGAUGGUACAUCUACUCUUAGGAGAUUGUCGCGACUUGGUAAUACUCUCCGUGGUAGUAAGCAAUCAAAGUUUAAUUACAAGAAAACUGGUGACUAA